AUGUCUACCAAGUUGAUAGCGCUCUACAUUACAGUUUGCUCUGUUCUGUUUAUCAUAUCCAAGAUGCUCAUCUCCUUCCUCUGCUACAAGAAGUGGGCUCGCAAGAAGAGGAUCAUCGAGACCAGCCUGACAGGUGGCAAGCUGGUGAUCUUCCGGUCGGCGGCGAUGCAGUCGCUGAGCCCCAAGGCCUUCAUGAGGAUGAUCAUGGGGCUGUCAAGCAAGGACAUCAUCGGCUCCGGAGGGUACGGGACGGUGUACAUGCUGAGGCUGGACGAGAAGUCGGCGUUCGCCAUCAAGAAGCUGAGCAGGGGGAGCGCGGAGAUGGACCGCGGGUUCGAGCGGGAGCUGGACACCAUGGGCGACAUCAAGCACAGGAACAUCGUCCCUCUCUGCGGCUACUACGCGGCGCCUCACUUCAACCUGCUCAUCUACGAGCUCAUGCCCAACGGCAGCCUGGACACCAUCCUCCACGGCAAGGAGGAGAAGAAGCAGGCCCUCCUGGACUGGCCGGUGAGGUACAAGAUCGCGCUGGGCGUGGCGCGGGGGCUGUCCUACCUCCACCACGACUGCAUACCGCACGUCAUCCACCGCGACAUCAAGUCCAGCAACAUACUCCUCGACCACAACAUGGAGGCCAGGGUGUCGGACUUCGGCCUCGCCACGCUCAUGAAGCCCAACGAGAGCCACGUCACCACCGUCGUUGCCGGCACCUUCGGCUACCUCGCCCCAGAGUACUUCGAGACAGGGAGGGCUACGACCAAAGGCGAUGUGUACAGCUACGGCGUCGUCUUGCUUGAGCUCCUCACGGGGAAGAGGCCGACGGACGAAUCCUUCCUUGAAAACGGCACACGGCUGGUGACCUGGGUCAAGGAAACCAUGGAGGAGAAGAGAGAGGAGCACGCCGUCGACGGCGCUCUGGCGUCUUUUCCGGCGGAGGAAGUCAAGUUCGUGUUCACCGUGGCGGAGAAGUGCCUGGAGUCUGAUCCUCGCGAUAGGCCAACCAUGGUGCAAGUCGCCAAGAUGCUUGAGCAAGCAAAGCUGGCAUAG